AACAUUGGCUAGGGGGUGCAUGGACGGCGCAGUUCAUAAUUUAUUCCUGAGCCCUCACCAAUGACUUUUCUUGGUCACAUGGGGUGCCUCUGCGAGUUUAAAAGUGCUUUAAUCCCCCUAGCCAGUGCAGAGCAAGCUGGUGGUUAAAGCACAGCUCUAAGACUGAUCGCACUGACAACUUUUUGUAUUGGAUCUCAGAGCCACACAGAAAGCGUGAAUGAAAGAGAGGGAGACAGAAAGAAAGACAGUCAGAGAGAGAGAGAGAGAGAGAGUGAGAAAGACAGACACAGAAAGACAGGGACAGAGUGGGAGACAGAGAGAGGGAGACAGACAAGCCAAAGCAAUUUAAGUUAUCCCUCCUGUAUCCCAGCUUGAACUUUGGUCAUUUGGGAAUCCGUCUCCAGACUUGGAUUGUUGCAAGGAGAGAGCAGCUUCAUACGGUCCUGCUGAUCUUCAAGCUCAAGAUUUCUUGGAUCAAAUUUGGAGAGUGUUCUUGGAUUAAAUAAAAUUCAGAGUUUGACAGGUCUGGUUGAUAAACGAUCAGAUGGCCAAUAUUGUCACAUCGGCUUGCUGUGUGGUGUUAGCUGCAGUGGUGGUAGUCUACGCACAGAGGCGCAGUCAGCAGGGCGCAAGAAUCCAGUAUGAGAAAAUUGGCAGUGACGUGACAAUGCAGUGUGGCACCCUGGGAAGUGAGGCCUCGGUAACGUGGAAGGUGAACGGCACCGACGUGGAGAACAGAAGAGAGGACGAUGGCCCCAGACUUCCCCUGAAGCAGGUGGACUUAAGUGUGAAUGGGCUGUAUAGCUGCUUCCAGAACCCUACAGGAGAUCUCAAGGAUCAAAUCAUACUCCGAGUCGGAAAUCCUCCAAAGGAGCCCAUCGUGACAUGCCGAUCAAAUACGUAUCCAAAGGGAUUCUACUGCAGCUGGCAUCUGCCACAUCCAACCUACAUCCCAACUGACUUCGAAGUCUCUGUUAGACAUGGACUCCAAGAUCUGCAAGUCCAGAAAGAUCCCAUUCAUAAAAACCGAUGUCACGUGAAAUUGCCUGAAAUUUUUUCCAAUAACAAAUACAGAGUGAACGUCACAGCCACAAACACUUUGGGCAACGCGUCGGGCUUCUUAGCUUUUGAUGAGAUUUCCAUAGUGAAGCCAGAUCCUCCAGAAAAAGUUGUAGCCAAUCCCAUUCCCGGCAAUCCUCGUAAACUGGAAGUUACAUGGAAUAGUCCUUCAACAUGGCCAGACGUUGAAACUUUCCCACUUAAGUACUUUCUGAGAUACAGGCCAUUAAUUCUGGAUACAUGGCAGCAUAUGGAGCUGUCAGACAGCACUUCAUACACCAUUACUGAUGCCUAUGCGGGAAAGGAGUACAUCAUUCAGGUCGCUGCCAAAGACACUGAGAUUGGGACCUGGAGUGACUGGAGUGUGGCGAUUCAUGCCACUCCCUGGAUUGAGGAGCCAAAGCAGAUCAUUAUAACCACCACCACGGAAGCAGACGAAAAUGAGACCACCCCUUCUCAAGCAUCACCAUCUGCAAAGCCACAGGUUGGCGACACAUUAGGAGGCAGUUCAGCAGCAUUGACGCUGUCAGCAAAUCUUUUCAUAACUUGCAUCAUUGUCUUGAUUAUCUGAUUUCCGUAUUGCAUUCCUGUGGAAUUGUAAAAAUGUCUUCUCUUUCUAUUUUGCACAUGUUUAAAUGGAUAUCGUGCAUUAAUACGUCAGAAUAAAUUUCUUUAGAAUAAAGACUCCAAUUCAAAAUUCAUCAAAUCAAUGGAUAAGGGAAUAAUAAUACAAAAAAAAAUGUGCCCAAAACAUUUCUUAAACGCAGAACACAGUGUGCCAGGAAAGCAACAAGUCUUAUGCAGCCACGAAUGAUGUGACACCCGACAUUUGCUUUAGCAUGACAACGGUUUUUAUUUGCUCUUCACCUGCCACUGGAAAAAAAAAAAUCUCCAAUAAAUAAAUUCAGCGAUAACUCCAAUCACAUACAGCUAACUCAUCAUGCCAAAGACUCGUCAUCGACACUGCUUACCCAUAAUGCUCUGCUUUCCGGAACUUGCGCUGUGCCUGUGUACUUACAAAACAAAACAAAACACAAUCAAACGAAACAAACACCAACGUAGAUGACAAGGAAAUCAAUUGCCAAGAUCGCCGAAGAAACCGAACUGUAAUUUUGUUUUUAAGAGGAGGAGGAUUUAUUAUACUUCUCUCGUGAAUGUUUUAAAAUGUGUUUUUGUACUUCUAAGAUAUGUCAUGAUAUGGAAUCUCCAGGCCUAACAAAAAAUGAUAUUUAACAUGCCUGAUAUGGACUGCAUUUUUUGUUUUUUUAAUUAAGAAGCAAUAUAUGCUAGUCACGUCAUCAUGUAACGGUAUGGUGCUUAUACAUAGCUUCUUCUUUUUUUGCUUUAAAAGUUAAUAUAAAAAUGACCUUU